AUGCACACGCUUCCUAUCAAGAUGAAAAGAGGCCUACUGAUACUUUGGUCCUUGUUCUGCCUCAGUGUGGCAAACACAGCUGCAAGAAACAAGGCCAACAAACCUCUUGAGUUUGAUCAGCUGAAAAUACCAAGUAAAUAUGGUUCAGAAAAACAAGAUGAUCUGCGAGAGAAGGAUAGAGUAAGAGCAAUGCCAGGGCAGAUGGAGGAAGCCGAGUUCAACCAAUAUGCAGGAUAUGUCACAGUGGAUGCAAAGGCUGGAAGGGCUCUGUUCUACUAUUUUGUUGAGGCUCCUCAUGAUCCUUUGAAGAAACCACUGGUCCUAUGGCUGAAUGGAGGCCCUGGUUGUUCGUCUUUUGGAGCUGGAGCCAUGCUAGAACUUGGACCUUUCUCUGUCCGUAGUGACAACAAGACAUUGUACAAUAAACAGCAUGCAUGGAACACAGUGGCCAAUAUGCUGUUCGUUGACGUCCCAGCCGGCGUUGGGUACUCAUACUCCAACACUACAUCAGAUUAUUACAACAUUGGUGACAAAAAGACUACAGAUGAUGCAUACAUAUUCCUCAUCAAUUGGAUGAAGAAGUUUCCUGAGUAUCAGGGCCAUGAUUUCUUUAUAACUGGUGAGAGCUAUGCGGGUCACUAUAUACCAGAGCUAGCUAAUCUGAUUGUAUCUAACAAUAGAGCCAUCAAUUCAACAAACAUCAAGCUCAAAGGUGUUGCAAUAGGCAACGCAGAUUUGCAUGACAACGUGACCCUAAGAGCAUCAUUUGACUACUAUUGGAGGCAUGCUAUGAUUUCUGACAGAGUCUACAGAGCCAUCCAGACUAGCUGUGGUUUCAAUGAGACAUACACUAACGACUGCCAGAAUGCCAUGAACUUAGCUAACAAGGAAAAGGGAAAUGUUGAUGACUACAACAUCUAUGCACCACAAUGCCAUGAUGCUUCCAAUCCCUCUCCUUCUGGUUCCAGUGACUCGGUGGCAUUUGGUGAUCCUUGCACAAACCACUAUGUCUCUUCUUAUCUAAAUAAUCCUGAGGUCCAGAGAGCACUCCAUGCAAACACCACAGGGCUGAACUACCCAUGGAUGGAUUGCAGUGGACUUAUAUUUGAUAACUGGAAAGACUCACCAGAGACAAUGCUGCCAUCAAUCAAGACACUAAUUUCAAGUGGCACAAGGAUAUGGCUGUACAGUGGUGAUAUGGAUGCAGUUUGUUCGGUCACGUCAACACAAUAUGCACUAGAUAUUCUUGGGCUACCUGUAGAAACAUCCUGGCGUCCAUGGCGCAUCGACAAUGAGGUUGCUGGCUAUGUGGUUGGGUACAGAGGCCUGGUCUUUGCAACAGUCAGAGGAGCAGGGCACAUGGUCCCUUACUACCAGCCUCGCAGGGCGCUAGCGCUGCUCUCCUCAUUCCUUGAAGGAAAGCUUCCCCCAGAAUGAUCUAGCAAGCCAAACACCUUGCAAUCGUCAUGCUCAGCAUCCUACCCCACAAUCCAAUGGAGUCAUGGUAUUUCAUAAGGAAGGCCCUAAUAUAUAUGUAGUACACCCUCAGCAGCACUUCAUGGAUUAAGUAGUUCUGCUCAAAAUCGAGCAUUCAUGUAGAUAAAAUAAAUUCAGGUACUAGUACUAAAUCCUGAGAAUUUUCAUACUUGGCCAUCUCCUGAAUGAGGCCUGAUUAAACAAGAGCAAAUUGGCCUGGUUGCUC